UAUAAUUAAAUUUCUCUCUCUAUAUCUUUAUAUAUAGUCCCAUCCCAUCCUUUCACUGUACUGCAUAAAGCAAAACGCUGUGACAUCUCUGGCUGCCAAACUCAGCUAUUUUCUAGCCUACUUUUUUCCACCUCUGCCAUUUUUGCUUUCUCAGAGUCCAAACACUAGGGCAUUUAGAGCAAAAACCCAGAUAAAGGAAGGGGAAAGAGAGUACUUUGUAGGUUAAUUUCUUUAGAAAGAGAGACAAGGCAAGGCUGUUUGGUGUUUUCAGAGAGAAAGUGAAGAUGGGUGAGAAAGAUGAUGGUUUGGGGUUGAGUCUUAGCUUGGGAUGUGCAACGACUCAGCCUUCCUUUAAGUUGAAUCUUAUGCCUAUGCCUUCUCAUCAUAACAUGCAGAUUCAUCACCAGAAAACUUCCUGGAACGAGCUAUUUCAUUCAUCUAAUCGAAACUGUGAUACUAGAUCAUUCCUAGGAGGAAUAGAUGUGAAUAUUGCACCAUCAACGGUGGAGUGCGAUGAAGAAAACGGGGUUUCAUCUCCAAAUAGCACGGUAUCUAGCAUUAGUGGAAAAAGAAGCGAGAGAGAGCCCAUCGGUGAUGAGACUGAGGCUGAGAGGGCUUCUUGCUCUCGUGGUAGUGACGACGAAGACGGUGGUGCUGGUGACGCAUCAAGAAAGAAACUAAGGUUGUCAAAAGAACAAUCCUUAUUGCUUGAAGAGACCUUCAAGGAGCAUAGCACUCUUAAUCCUAAGCAAAAGCUGGCUUUGGCAAAGCAGUUGAAUCUGAGGCCUAGGCAAGUUGAAGUGUGGUUCCAGAACAGAAGGGCAAGGACAAAGCUGAAGCAGACAGAGGUGGAUUGUGAAUACUUAAAGAGGUGUUGCGAGAAUCUAACAGAGGAGAACAGACGAUUGCAGAAGGAAGUCCAAGAGCUUAGGGCACUGAAACUCUCCCCACAACUCUACAUGCACAUGAAUCCUCCAACCACUCUCACUAUGUGCCCUUCAUGUGAGAGAGUUGCUGUGUCCUCAUCCUCUGCUGCUCCUGCCCCUAAUGGAUCCACUCGCCUCCCAAUGGGUGGUCCGAACCAGCAAAGGCCAGUGCCCAUCAAUCCUUGGGCUGCAUUGCCAAUUCACCAUCGUCCUUUUGAUGCCCCUGCUUCUCGAUCGUAAUUGUAGGACAUGGAAAGGGGCAUUUUGAUAAAGGAAAUAUAAAGGGUUAGAAAGAUAAAAAGAAUCAAUGAAUGGUCGUGGGGUAGUAGGAUAGGAUUUUGUUAAAGUAUUAAGUGAAGCCUUCCUUUUUAUCUUUUAUUGGUGUAAAUGGUGGAGGAGGAGGAGGUGAUGGAAGGUUGUGUUUAUAGUGGGAAGUAGAACGAGUUUGGAUUUGGAAGGAUAUAAACAAGGGAAUCUGAAUCUUUUAUUUAUGAUAUUAUCUUUUAGAUUUGAUGUGGAAAAAGUGGGAUUUAGUGGGAAUGGAAGGGGACAAUACUUGUGAUUCUAAUGAACCAACGAACAAUUAUGAGAUAAAACAAUUUCAUCUUGUUCAACUGUAUCUUAUUGGUGCCUUUUCUUAUCUAAAAAGGCUGUCUAUUCAUGGAGAUUAUAUUCUACCUGUUUGGUUAUGUGAAUCUUUAAUGCAUUUGACUGUUUGGUUAUUCUCUGUAUAUUAUUAUACAAUCUUUUCAUGUUAAAGAACCACGGGCUGAAAGUAGCAGCAGCCCACGGAGAAAGAACGCAGCAGGUUUACAAAAAUUAGGCCCAUAUACUGUUAGCCCAAAACCCUUAAAUAUACGCCGAAGGAUCAGAAAUGGAUGCGGAGUACAAAGCCAAAUCACAAUAAGGCUGCUCAUAUCGUCAUGGAAAAGUCUAUGUUGGAUUUUGUCUGAUGCCGAAGCUUCCAGCAUCCACAGCCACAAGGUUUUAUCCAAUAGGGCCAAUUCAUUAACUUCAUUGAUUGAUACGAAACUUUAAAAUAUUAAUAGAAUGAGUAAGACAUGUUGUAAAGGGAAGCAUUCAUUCAAGUUA